AUGCUACAAGUCGAGUUCACUGAGAGCCCGGGUAUGACUUUUGCAGCGUACAUGUUUGGCGUGGUUGGUUGCUUCACCUCAGACCCUCGCAACAUCAAAGCCAUCACAGAAACACGUUUCCAAGACAUGCGUCUGGCGGUACGUAGACCUGCCUGUUACCCCUUCUUUGGCGAGGGGAUCUUCACUCAAGAUGGUCCGGCCUGGAGGCAUUCGCGGGAACUGCUACGACGACAGUCUGCACGAGUCCAAGCCAGAGACCUGGAGACCUUUACGGACCAGGUCGAAAAUCUGAUCUCGACCUUUCAACAUUCCAAGGGCGUGGUGGACCUUCAGCCGGCAUUCUUUCGGUUCACGCUCGCGACGACGACGACGCUGCUCUUUGGUGAUUCCAUCGAGACAUUGUCAGAAGCAGAGCACACCGAAUUUGCCGAACCCUUCGACUGUGCCACCUGGGUUACCGCCGUGCGGCUGCCCCUGGCGCAUCUAAGCUUCCUAUACAACACGCCGAGCUAUCAAAAGUCCUGCAGAGUCGUCAGACGCUAUGCGGACUACUUUGUCGAAAAAGCAUUCGAGUACGCCGGUCUCCACGGUCAAGGAGAAGCCAUCAAAAAGUAUCCCUUUAUUUUCGAUCUUCACACCGAGUAUCAAAAUCAAUCCUUGGUGCGAGACCAGCUCGUCAACGUGUUACUUGCCGGACGAGAUACCACGGCGUGCACCAUGUCAUGGGCAAUCUUUCAUCUUUUUCGUCAUCCCGAGAUGCUUCAGCGGCUGCGCCAGGAGAUCCAAGAGGUCGCCGGCUACGAGGCGGUGAUUACCAGAUCGCAUACGAGGAAUAUGUCUUAUCUGAACGCUGUCCUGAACGAAAAUGAGUCAUCGGAGUGCCGUUUCCUCGAAGCAAAGCUAAUCAUUGCCGUCAGCCCUCAGACUCUACCCACAAGUCCCCAUGAACACCAGAUCCACAGUCAGAACGACAUUGCUGCCGAAAGGCGGCGGAGCAGAUGGUGA